GUGAAAGUAAAAACUUUUGACGUUGAACUGUGACUGUUAUCUCAGAGACGAGGAGAGCGGUUCUACGCGCUGAUAACGGGAAACGCGAUGGAAUAUGACUAACUGAAGAGUGUAUCAGAAGCAAUCACUUUUAAAAUGAGGAUUAUACCGGUGAUCUGUGGUUUGGUCCUCUUUAUUUUUAUACUUCUGAUAUACUUAAACAAACUCUUCAUCCCCAAACUCACACAGAACUUACCCAAACCCAAACAGAUCUACCCCAAACCCAAACAGAUCUAUCCCAAACCCACACAGAUCUUCUCCAAACCCCCACAGAUCCACCCAAAACCCACACAGAUCUACCCCAAACCCACUCCGAAAGCAUGUGGCGUUCAAGUGGAGGACGAUCCUGGGAUUAAAGUCGGGAGCCUUCACACAUAUGUGAUCGGCUCUUAUAUGGAUCAUCGUUUCAACAUGAAACAGAUAAAGAUGAUUGCUAUCGUUCUCCGUGAUGAGAAGGUGACGUACAGGUGUGUGAUGUGCUGCGAAGGGAGGAACGUGACUUCACCAGCCGAAUACACUAUUCACUACGACCACUUUGGUUUUGAGUACGGCACUGCCACUAUCACAUGCCAGAUCCAUAGCUCGUGUUCGACACCGACGCAUGUUGCGUUAACAGCCAGUGAGAUCUCGGACAGCAUAACAUCCUUCCAACCCAUUAGAAACAGAGACGUUCCAACAGUCUUCCCGUAUUCGUUUACAGUCUGCAUCUCUGUCAUGUAUGACUACGAGAAUGUGCUGGGAUUAGUCCAGGCGAUGGAGAUGUUCAGACUGCUUGGUGCUCAAAGGGUGGUGAUAUAUAAAACCAACUGUGAUUCAGACAUACAGAAGGUUCUGGACUACUAUGUGAAAAGUGGUUUUGUGGAGAUCAUCCCAUGGACGAUUAAAAAGCACAUCGAUGUGUCUAAUGGCUGGAGGAAGAGUGACUCACCAGGUCAGCUGCAUUAUUAUGGGCAAAUUCCUGCACUUAAUGACUGUGUUUAUCGUUACAUGUACCAAAGUCACUAUCUGGCUCUACAUGACAUGGAUGAGUUCAUUCUGCCUCUCAAGGUGAAGAGCUGGACAGAUCUGUUGCGUGAGCUUGAGAACACGUAUGGCACUAAUGUGGGCUUUGAGUUUGAGAAUAAUGUAUUCCCUUGCACAGCAAACCCUGAUUAUGAACAAAAAAAGUGGAAACAUGUAAAGGGUAUUAAUAUUUUAAAGUGUAAAGAGCGAGUUCCAGUCCAACCCGAUAUUUUCAACAAUUUCAAGAUUAUAGUAAGACCUCAGCUAGUUCUGAAAGCUACUGUACAUGGCCUGCUGGAAACUGUGAAACCUGAAUCCCACACAGUAAGAGUGCAGAACUCUAUCGCUCGGAUGUACCACAUGAAAUUCCUAUACCCAACGGACCAAAACCUUAUAAGAGAUGAUCAUGUAAAUGACUAUGCCAAAGAUCUUGUGCCUGCUGUUUCUAGAGUUCUAAAGGACUGUGGAUUCAUCAAUGAAUGAAUUGUUGCGAGUUACAUUUGAUUUAGAAGUAUUAAUAAAAAUCAUGAAUGGACAGUCUA